UUGGACCAUUGAAGAACCAAACCAAGAUGCAAAUUCUAUUAACCAAUGAUUUCGUCGAACACCUGGUGCGCAACUUCACUAUAUUCUCAAGGGUUUAAGGAUUCUUCGCGUCUAACAAAAAGUGAAGAAGAAAAACCCAAAUGUCUCUGCUUCGAAUUUUGUCGACUCUUCUCAGAGGAACUCAUCGGACUUCACGUUCCUUUUCUUCUUCCCGGAAUCCGAUCUGCACCACUUUCGCUAAUUCACUCUCCGGGAAGCCACGGAUUUCAUAUCAGAAUGAUUAUGGAGGACAUAGAACGAAUUUGAAUCUCUUGGAACCGCGGCUUUGGAUUAUCUUUUCUGGUCAAGCUGCAAUCCUUGGGUUUUGUGGGAACACUGUAUUGGCAGAGGAUGAGUCUAUGAAGUCAAAAUCUGGAGAUAUUAUGGAUGAGAGUGGGCUAGAAAAAAUUGAGGACGGUUCCGUUGUAUCGAAUAUACAUACAUCUAAGUGGAGGGUGUUUACUGAUAGUGGAAGAGAUUAUUUCUUUCAGGGGAAACUGGAGCCAGCUGAGAGGCUUUUCGGUUCGGCAAUACAGGAAGCUAAGGAAGGUUUUGGAGAGAAGGAUCCACAUGUUGCAUCUGCUUGCAACAAUCUGGCAGAGUUAUAUAGAGUCAAGAAAGAAUUCGACAAAGCAGAGCCCUUAUACUUGGAAGCUGUUAGUAUCUUAGAGGAUUUCUAUGGUCCUGAAGAUGUGCGUGUUGGUGCUACUCUCCACAACCUUGGACAACUCUAUCUUGUCCAGCGAAAACUUGAGAAAGCUUGUGCCUGCUAUGAGCGUGCUUUAAAGUUGAAAGGACGAGUCCUGGGGUAUAAUCAUCCGGAUUAUGCAGAGACAAUGUAUCAUCUUGGAACGGUAUUACACAUGCAAGGAAAAGAUACAGAUGCGGAAGCUCUUAUUCUGGAUUCUCUUAAAAUACUUGAGGAAGGUGGUCAAGGAGAGUCCAUGACAUAUAUCAGGAGACUGAGAUAUCUUUCACAGAUUUAUAUACGAUCCAAUCAUCUAGCCGAGGCUGAAAAGCUUCAAAGGAAAUUAUUGCACAUGAUGGAAUUAUCAAAGGGAUGGAACUCAAUGGAGGCAAUAACUGCAGCUGAAGCAUUAGCUCUCACUUUACGAUUAUCUGGGCAGCUGGGAGAAGCUCUAGAACUUUUUGAAAAGUGUCUCAAUGCCCAAAAAAAAUUACUUCCAGAAGGACAUAUCCAGAUAGGUGGAAACUUUCUGCACAUCGCAAAGACAUUUAUGCUCCAGGCUAGUCAGAUGAGAAGAACUGAUAAGAGUGAAGCUCUAUCCAAAUUAGAAAAAGCAAAGAAUUAUCUUGAAAACUCAGCUAGGAUAGCGAAAGACGUUCUGCUUAAGCUUAAAAAUCAAAAGAUCAAAGCGCAGAAACACGAAAAAUCCAGUGUAACUCUUAGGAAUUAUGAACAUGCGGCGUUAGUCAUACUGCUGCAAUCUCUUGAGAGUCUUGCAGCUUUGGAGAUGAGCAAAAAUGAGAUCCAGGAGCCAAAGGAAGAAAAUCUGCAUGCAGCUGAAGAUUCACUUCUCCAAUGUGUUACAGCUUACAAAGAGUUUGGUUAUGGAACUCAGCUGCAAGAUUCUUUUGAAGUAAAGUCUGAAUACCUUUCGUGUCUUAAGCAUCUCUCAGCUUUAUUAGCAAACAAAGAGACAACGCUUAACUCAAAGGCAAGUCCUAUUUCUUUACCAGAGCUCAAGGAAGAAAUUAGGCGUACUGAAAUCGAUCUUCGUUCACAAAAGACAGGCUAAAGCUUGUGAAGGAAACCAUAUAAUCUCGGAUCGAAUAAAGGUUUAUAUAGAGAUCAAAUUGUCGAAUAUUAAUCAUGUUUUCCUUUUGGGACUAUAGGAUGAAAAACCGAGAGAGAACUGACGCUUUUACACCGGAAAUAUUCACUCUGCUUUUUGUGUGUUGUUA